UGUUCGUUUGAGGCCGACCUUCAUCAGACCUGCAGCCAGCUCCUCUCUCCUCCUCCUCCUCCUCCCCUCCUCUCCUCCUCUGUCCCUCCAUCCUCUCCUCCUCCUCCUCCUCCUCCUCCUCUCUCUGUCCACCAUGCUCCCGCCCUCCUCCUCUCCUCAGGUUCUCCUCCUCCUCCUCUUCCUCUCCCUCCUCCUCCUCUCCUCCCCCCUCCUCUCGGCUCCUGCCGCCGCCCCUCCCCCCUCCGUGGAGGGCCGGGUGGUGUACCGGGCCUUCGACACCUCCCUCACCCACCUGACGGUGCACCGGAGGAGCGGCGAGGUGUUUGUGGGCGCCGUCAACCGCGUCCUCAAGCUGUCGGCCAAUCUGACGGAGCUGAGGAGUCACAUGACCGGACCCGUGGAGGACAACGCCAAGUGUUACCCUCCGCCCAGCGUCAGGGCCUGCGCUCACCGCCUGGAGUCCUCGGACAAUGUGAACAAGCUGCUGCUGGUGGACUACACGGGGAACCGGCUGGUGGCGUGCGGCUCCAUCUGGCAGGGCGUCUGUCAGUUCCUCCGCCUGGAGGACCUCUUCAAGCUGGGAGAGCCGCACUACCGCAAGGAGCACUACCUGUCCGGAGCCAGAGAGGCUGAUGGGAUGGCAGGUGUGGUUGUCGGUGAGGACGACUGGACAGCCGACCCCAAGAGGAAGAAGCCGGUGAAGGGCAGCAGCCGACUCUUCAUCGGUGCCGCCAUCGACGGGAAGUCCGAGUACUUUCCCACGCUCUCCAGUCGGAAGCUGGUGGCAGACGAGGAGAACGUCAACAUGUUCUCCCUGGUCUACCAGGACGAGUUUGUCUCGUCGCAGAUAAAGAUCCCCUCGGAUACUCUGUCUCUCUACCCGGCCUUCGACAUCUACUACGUCUACGGAUUCUCCAGCCGCACGUACGUGUACUUCCUGACGCUGCAGCUGGACACACAGCUGACGCAGAUGGAUGCCGGCGGAGAGAAGUUCUUCACCUCCAAGAUCGUCCGGAUGUGCUCCAACGACACGGAGUUUUACUCCUACGUGGAGUUUCCUCUGGGCUGCACCAAAGACGGCGUGGAGUACCGGCUGGUCCAGGCGGCCUACAAGCAGAAACCCGGGCGACGCCUGGCUCAAGCGCUCGGCCUGUCCGAGGACGACGACGUGCUGUUUGUCGUCUUCUCUCAGGGUCAGAAGAACCGCUCCAACCCGCCCAGAGAGACGGUCCUCUGUCUGUUCACCCUGCAUGACAUCAACCUGGCCAUGAGGGAGAGGAUCCGAUCCUGUUACCGUGGAGAAGGACGACUCUCGUUACCAUGGUUACUCAAUAAGGAGCUGCCUUGCAUCCACACGCCGAAGCAGAUCGGAGACGACUUCUGCGGCCUGGUGCUGAACCAGCCGCUCGGAGGCCUGCGGGUCAUCGAGGGGAACCCGCUGUACGAGGACCGCACCGAGGGCAUGGGCGCCGUGGCGGCGUACACGUACGGCGAGCACACGGUGGUGUUUGUGGGGACCCGGAGCGGACAGCUGAAGAAGAUCCGCGUGGAUGGGAUCCCGCCGCCGGCCCAGAAUGCACUGCUGUACGAGACGGUGACGGUGGUGGAGGGGAAGCCCAUCCUGAGAGACAUGGUGUUCAGUUCAGACAACCAGUACAUCUACCUGCUGAGCGACAGACAGGUGAGCCGGCUGCCCGUGGAGAGCUGUGAGCAGUACAGCAGCUGCUCUGACUGUCUGGGAUCAGGAGACCCUCACUGUGGCUGGUGUGUCCUCUUCAACAAGUGCUCCAGACAGGAAGCCUGCGACAAGUGGGAGGAGCCUCAGCACUUCAACACCCGUCUGGACCAGUGCGUGGACAUCUCCGUCACCCCGAGCAACAUGUCGGUGACCUCGCCGGCGACGCAGCUGACGAUCCGGGUGCAGCACGUCCCCGCUCUGUCCACCGGCGUCUCCUGCGUGUUCGAGGACCUCAGCGAGACGCCGGGAGAGGUCCAGGCCAAAGGUCAGGUGGUGUGUAUGUCACCGUCCCUCCGGGAGCUGCCCACACACACACACUCCUACGGAGAGAAGCGCGUGGUUCAGCUCAGCCUGCGCUCCACGGAGACCGGACACCAGUUCAUCACAACCAACCUCGUCUACUACAACUGCUCCGUGCUCAACUCGUGCACCACCUGCGUGAGCAGCGUCUUCCCCUGCCACUGGUGCAAAUACCGCCACGUCUGCACCAACAACCUGCAGGACUGCUCCUUCCAGGAGGGCCGGGUCAGCGGCAUGGAGGGCUGUCCUCAGAUCCUGCCCACCUCGGACAUCCUGGUCCCGGCCGGGAUGGUGCGUCCCAUCACGCUGCGGGCCCGGAACCUUCCGCAGCCGCAGUCCGGCCAGAAGAACUACGAGUGUGUGUUCAACAUCCAGGGGAAGGUGCAGCGCAUCCCGGCCGUCCGCUUCAACUCCUCCUGCAUCCAGUGUCAGAACACCUCGUACUGGUACGAAGGCGACGAGGCCGGCGACCUCCCGGUGGAUUUCUCCAUCGUCUGGGACGGAGAUUUCUUCAUCGACAAGCCAGCGGCGAUGAAAGCGCUGCUCUACAAGUGCGAGGCGCAGCGCUCCAGCUGCGGCCAGUGCCUCAAAGCUCCGCCCACCUUCGAGUGCGGCUGGUGCACCGAGAGCAGGAAGUGCCUCCUGCGGCAGCACUGCCCCGCCCCCGACGCCAACUGGAUGCACCACGGACGGCACAACCUGCGCUGCAGCCACCCACGCAUCACCAAGAUCGACCCCCUGACGGGUCCCCGUGAGGGCGGCACCCGGGUCACCAUCGAGGGCGAGAACCUGGGCCUGCAGGUGAAGGAGAUCGCUCACGUGCAGGUGGCCGGCGUGCGUUGUAACCCCGUCCCGUCGCAGUACAUCAGCGCCGAGAGGAUCGUGUGCGACAUGGCGGAGGCGCUGCUGCCUCACUCCCCCGGCGGCCCGGUGGAGCUCUGCAUCGGCGUGUGCAGCGCCGAGUACCGGACGCUGUCCACGCAGACGUACUCCUUCGUGAGCCCCAGUUUCAGCCGGGUCCGCCCGGAGCGGGGUCCGGUUUCUGGCGGGACCCGGCUGACGGUGACCGGCCGCCACCUGGACGCCGGCAGCGCCGUCACCGUCUUCAUCGACCGGGAGGAGUGUCUGUUCGUCAAGAGGACCAAUCGGGAGAUCGUCUGCAUAACGCCCGCCUCCCUGUCCGGCUCUGGCCCCGCCCCCAUCCGGCUGAUGAUCGACAAGGCCGAGGUGACGAGCGCCGACACCAAGUACGUUUACACGGAGGAUCCCACCAUCACCAGCAUCGAGCCCAGCUGGACCAUCCUGAAUGGCAGCACGGUGAUCACGGUGACGGGCACCAACCUUCAAACCAUCCAGGAGCCCAAAGUCCGAGCCAAGUACGGAGGCGUGGAGACCAACAACUUCUGCACCGUGGUCAACGACAGCACCAUGACGUGCCUGGCUCCCGGUCUGAUCUACAGCAAGUCCAGCCCGCCAGAGGGGGCGCUGCGGCCCGACGAGUUCGGCUUCAUCUUCGACCAGGUUUCCUCGCUACUGGUUCUGAACUCCACCCCCUUCAUGCACUACCCCAACCCGACCUUUGACCCGCUGGGAAGUUCUGGAAUCCUGGAGGUCAAACCGGGGUCACCCAUCAUUCUGAAGGGUAAAAACCUGAUCCCGCCGGCUCCCGGGAACAACCGGCUGAACUACACGGUGCUGAUCGGCGAGGCGCCCUGCCUGCUCACCGUGUCGGAGAACCAGCUGCUCUGCGAUUCGCCCGAUCUCACCGGAGAGCAGCGAGUCCUGAUCCUGGUGGGCGGCCUGGAGUACUCCCCGGGGAUGCUGCACAUCUACUCCGACAGCGCCCUGACGCUGCCGGCCAUCAUCGGCAUUGGGGCGGGCGGCGGCGUGCUGCUCAUCGCCAUCAUCGCCGUGCUGAUCGCGUACAAGAGGAAGACGCGCGACGCCGACCGCACGCUGAAGCGCCUCCAGCUGCAGAUGGACAACCUGGAGAGCCGGGUGGCGCUGGAGUGCAAGGAGGCCUUCGCCGAGCUGCAGACCGACAUCCAGGAGCUGACCAACGACAUGGACGGAGUGAAGAUCCCCUUCCUGGAGUACCGCACCUACACCAUGAGGGUCAUGUUCCCCGGCAUCGAGGAGCACCCCGUCCUCAAGGAGCUCGAUUCUCCUGCGAACGUGGAGAAAGCUCUGCGUCUCUUCAGCCAGCUGCUCAACAACAAGAUGUUCCUGCUGACCUUCAUCCACACUCUGGAGGCCCAGAGGUCCUUCUCCAUGAGGGACCGGGGCAACGUGGCCUCGCUGCUGAUGGCCGCUCUGCAGGGUCGUAUGGAGUACGCCACGGUGGUGUUGAAGCAGCUGCUGGCCGACCUGAUUGAGAAGAACCUGGAGAACAGAAACCAUCCCAAACUGCUGCUCAGGAGGACGGAGUCUGUUGCUGAGAAGAUGCUCACCAACUGGUUCACUUUCCUGCUGCAUCGCUUCCUGAAGGAGUGCGCCGGCGAGCCGCUCUUCAUGCUGUACUGCGCCAUCAAGCAGCAGAUGGAGAAAGGACCCAUCGACGCCAUCACGGGAGAGGCCCGCUACUCUCUGAGUGAAGACAAGCUCAUCAGGCAGCAGAUCGACUACAAGCAGCUGACUCUGAUGUGCAUCCCUCCGGAGGGCGAGGCCGGUACGGAGGUGCCCGUGAAGGUGCUGAACUGUGACACGGUGACUCAGGUCAAAGACAAGCUGCUGGACGCCGUCUACAAGGGCAUCCCGUUCUCACAGCGCCCGCAGGCCGACGACAUGGACCUCGAGUGGCGUCAGGGUCGUCUGACCAGGAUCAUUCUGCAAGAUGAAGACGUCACGACGAAAAUCGAGAGCGACUGGAAAAGACUGAACACACUGGCACAUUACCAGGUCACUGACGGCUCUCUGGUGGCUUUGGUCCAAAAACAAGUUUCUGCCUACAAUAUCGCAAACUCCUUCACCUUCACGAGAUCUCUGAGCAGAUAUGAGUCGUUACUGCGAACUUCUAGCAGUCCUGACAGUCUGAGGUCCAGAGCGCCCAUGAUCACUCCGGACCAGGAAACAGGGACUAAACUGUGGCACCUGGUAAAGAACCAUGAACACAGCGAUCAGAGAGAAGGAGACCGAGGCAGCAAGAUGGUCUCUGAGAUCUACCUGACCAGACUCCUGGCUACCAAGGGGACGCUGCAGAAGUUCGUGGACGACCUGUUUGAGACGGUGUUCAGCACCGCCCACCGAGGCUCCGCGCUGCCGUUGGCCAUCAAGUACAUGUUCGACUUCCUGGACGAGCAGGCGGACAAGAGGCAGAUCAGCGACCCGGACGUCCGACACACCUGGAAGAGCAACUGCCUUCCUCUCAGGUUCUGGGUCAACGUCAUCAAGAACCCUCAGUUCGUCUUCGACAUCCACAAGAGCAGCAUCACGGACGCCUGCCUGUCGGUGGUGGCCCAGACCUUCAUGGACUCGUGCUCCACCUCCGAGCACCGGCUGGGGAAAGACUCGCCGUCCAACAAGCUGCUCUACGCUAAAGACAUCCCCAACUACAAGAGCUGGGUGGAGAGGUACUACCGGGACAUCGCCAAGAUGCCCAGCAUCAGCGACCAGGACAUGGACGCCUACCUGGUGGAGCAGUCCCGUCUCCACGGCAACGAGUUCAACACACUGAGCGCGCUCAGCGAGCUCUACUUUUACAUCAACAAGUACAAGGAAGAGAUCCUGACGGCGUUGGACCGGGACGGCUACUGUCGCAAACACAAACUGAGGCACAAACUGGAACAAGCCAUCAACCUGAUGUCCGGGAGCAGCUGAGAGGAGGGGAGGGGCUGACGGACUGACGGGGGGACGGGACGGAGAGUGGCAGGGUGGAGUGAGGGUCUUUUGUUUUUUCUGAACUGUGUGAACAGUCAGCUGGACUGCGCCGCGCCGCGCCGGGCCGACCAGACCCGACCCGACGGCCACAGCUCCGGCCGCGCUCGCAAUCAAUCAAUCAGUUCCGCGUUCGUCCAUUGAUGGAUUGGUUGACUUGAAGACUGACCGGCCGGCUGAGCUGGACCCCAACUACCUCCAUCAGGUGGACUUCGGGGGGUUGGAUAAUCAAUCUCCGGAACGAUGUGGAUACACUUACAGACAA